AGCCGAAAUUUCUGACAGGACCACAUGGCUGGAUGGGAUGGCGGACUGAGGUGGUUGUGGGAGGAUAAAUACCUGAAUAUCGAACCCUCGGGCAGAGACGCAGCCUUAUUGCUCAUCAUGGACAAGAGCUCCUCCCAGAACAAAGACUCCGCUCAGCCAGACCUCGCCCAGUACCAGGCCCAAUGGACCAAAAUCCACAACGACACCAUCAAGCAGAUCAAGCAGAUCAGAGAAAAAGAACAGGCCAAAGGCUCCGAUAAAAGCUCUCGAUAGCCACUCGCAUAUUGAAUCAUCAUGGGAAACAUUCGCAUUGCAUGUGUCGGAUCGGUCGGCGUCUUUAUCUUUACAUUUGGCUUUUUGUGAUUCUGUCUAUUCAUGCGAUGCUUGCAGGCGACGGAGCUCGGGU